AUGGCACUGACGAGAAGUCCGGCGACCAGUUUAGCCGACUCUGGUACUACCAGACGUGCACGGAGUUCGGCUGGUACCAGACCUGCACGAAGGGCAGCAAUUGCCCUUGGACUCAGGGCUACAACACCGUGGCUUGGAACCUCAAGCCUUGCGAGCUCCUCUUUGGCAUCUCCCCAGACGAGGUUGCAGAGAAUAUCCGCAAGACCAAUGAGUUCUACCGUGGCAUCCUGUAUCCCAACACCACGAGGACAAUCUUCCCGAACGGCGAAGUGGACCCCUGGCAUUGGGAGUCGGUUUUGGAGCACCCGAAUCCAGACAUUGAGACUAUCUUCGUGA